AUGUUGACAAGGGUAGGACUUUCUGGUCCUCUUGUUUCAAGACAGUUUGGACAAGUAGGUCAAAAGCGGAAUUUUUUCCUUACAUAUGGAAUUGCUUCAGUUGUUGGCUCACUCAUUUUCAAUGAAAAUAAUCGUUUAGCAGAUAAGAUGGAAAAUGGACAACUUCAUUACAAAGAUGCCAAUUCUGUUUUCAAUAGUGCAGCAUUGGAAGAGAAGAAUAGAUUAUUCCACAGAGCACCACCUCAAUAUCCUGGUCAUGUCCCUCUCUAUGGGUUUGAAAAGGCACUUAUGGUUUUAGGACUGUCAAUCGGUGCUUAUUUCCAUCCUGAAAGAAAUGAAUUCAUUGUUGGAUUAGGAGAAUCGACCGCCAUUCCAUCAGUAUUGAAAAAGUUACAGAAACAAAUGUUGGAUGAUUCAACUGGUCGUAAGAUCUUGAGAGAACGUCCAAGGAUUACAUCUACAUCAUUAGAUUUGGAUUACCUUCGUCUGUUACCAGAAAAUACUGUAGGUAAUACAUACAUCCGUUGGUUGGAUAGAGAAGGGGUCAGUCCAGAUACUCGGGUUCCUGUCAAGUAUAUUGAUGAUGAAGAAUUGGCUUAUAUUUAUCAAAGAUAUCGUGAAUGUCAUGAUUUCUAUCAUGCCAUUACUGGAUUACCAAUCAUUAUUGAAGGGGAAAUUGCAGUCAAAGUACUUGAAUUUAUGAAUAUUGGUAUCCCAAUGUCUGGAUUGGGGGCUCUUUUCGCUCCCUUAAGAUUAAAACCAAGUCAAAAAGAUCGUCUUUAUAACAUAUAUUACCCAUGGGCAUUUAAAAGUGGUCUCAAUUCAAAGCCAUUAAUCAAUGUUUAUUGGGAAAAUAUUUUGGAUCGUGAUAUCGAUGAAGUUAGACGUGAACUUGGUGUUGAACAACCUCCUGAUUUACGUAACCUCCGUAAAGAUUAUUUCGAAAAAUUAAAGAAAUCUAAAAAGUUAUGA